AUGACCUAUGACUCACACAUCCUGGAUGUUGUUCAGAAUUUAGCUCCACCACCAGUGGAGGUGGUGAUAUUAGCUGAUUCCCUCUUGCUGGCCUGGUCUGGAUUGAAAUGUGGAGUUCGUCCUGUUGACUUGGAGAACCAGAAAAGUUUCCUGCUGUCUGGAUUCUUUUCUAGAAUUGUUGGAGGCAGAAAUUCAGUGGCUGGGGGGCAACCCUGGCAGGUAUCUCUCAAGUUGGGUCGUUUCCACUUCUGUGGUGGCAGUUUAAUACAAGAAGAUGUGGUUGUAACUGCAGCUCACUGCGUAUUCACCCUUGAGCAGAAACUAGUGAAGAAUCUCAUUGUGACUGUUGGAGAACAUAACCUCAGAAAGGCAGACGAGCAAGAACAGAACAUUCCUGUCUCACAAGUCAUUGUUCACCCUGACUUCAACAGACUUGGCUACAUGCAUUCUGAUAUCGCUCUGCUAUAUCUGAAAUACAGAGUAAAAUACGGACCUAGGGUUCAGCCAAUUUGCCUUCCCCACAAAGAUGAUAAAUUUGAGGCCGGGACUCUUUGUGUUGCUAGUGGCUGGGGCAGAGUGUCUGAGGCUGGUGAACUAUCUAAUGUUCUACAGGAGGUGGAGCUCCCCAUCAUUGAUAGGGGAACCUGCAGUGCCCUGUUAAAGCAAAUGAAUCUGCCUCCAGUAGCAAGCUCCAUGCUGUGUGCUGGCUUUCCUGAUGGUGGGAAGGAUGCUUGCAAGGGCGAUUCUGGAGGUCCUCUCGUGUGUAGAAGAGCCAGUGGCAUCUGGACUCUGGCCGGUGUCACAUCAUGGGGAGUUGGCUGUGCAAGAGGCUGGGAUGUCCUUGGGAAAAGCAUCAGUGAAAGGGGUUCCCCGGGCAUCUUUUCCAAUGUAGCUGAACUGAUGGACUUCAUCACCCAGAACGUUAUCCCUGCUGCAGAGCCAGAUCACCUUCCCCCGCACUUUCCUGAAGGAUGCAGCUCCCAUGGAAUGCUGGUCUUUGGAGAAAGUGGCCGUAUUCAGUAUCCCCAACCCAGUGAGAGUAACUACCUAGAUAACAGCCUGUGCGUGUGGAAUAUAAUUGUGCCAGAAGACAAGAUUAUAUUGAUACAAUUCACCAGAUUAGACCUAGAGAGCCAGAUCACGUGUGACCAUGACUACGUGUCCUUCUAUUCGGACAAAAGAGAGCUAAUUGGUAAAAUCUGUGGGGAUGUGUUACCAAUCCCCCUGCUGAUAGACUCUAACCGAGCAAUGGUUACUCUCGUUUCUGAUGGAAGCAACACCGGCAGUGGCUUUGAAUUCACCUUCACAGCUAUACAUAAGGAAUCGGAAGCAGGUUCUGGUUGUGGAAGUGUUGCAGUGCUGGUGGAAGAGGGAAAGAUUGAUACUGCUAAUUACCCUGGCUUGUAUCCCAGUAACGUGAAGUGCCAUUGGUUCAUUGAAGCCCCAGUAGAGAAUGUCAUAAAGCUGGAAUUUGAAGACUUUGCUGUUGAAUUCAGCGAGGGCUGUAUCUAUGAUGCAGUUGUCAUUUACAGUGACACACAAGAUGAGCACCAGCUGGCCAAUCUGUGUGGGUUCUCAACCCCCAGCCCAAUUCUGAGCCCUGGCAAUGAAAUGUUGAUACAUUUUGAAAGCGAUGGUGAGAACAACUUCAGAGGGUUUAAGGCCAGAUUCACCUUUGUUUCUUCAGACUCUUUUAAUCCUUUCCAACCUGGAUUGGGGGAGGAAAACUUGAAUCCGUGUGUCACUCACUAGCUUUCUGGCUGUUGUGUUGCAGAUGUCUGUGGCUUUCCCCCAUUUAGUCCACAGUGGCUGUCUGGACGUGUUGUCGGGGGAGAAGAAGCAUGUCCCCAUUGCUGGCCUUGGCAGGCAGGCUUGCAAUUUUUAGGUGACCAUCAGUGUGGCGGUGUCAUCAUCAGUCCAACAUGGGUACUCACAGCAGCCCACUGUAUACAGUCAACAAACAGACCACUGCAUUGGACUGUCAUCGUGGGAGACCAUGAUAGAAUCCUGAAGGAGUCAACAGAACAGGUGAGAAGGGUGAAAACUAUUGUGGUGCACCCUGACUUUGAUACUGUGAGCUAUGACUCUGAUAUUGCACUGAUCCAACUGGAUGUCCCUCUGGAGUAUAACACUGUUGUGAGGCCAAUAUGUUUGCCCAACAGCACACAACUGUUACCUUCCUCUGUUCUGUGCACCACGACUGGCUGGGGGAGCACCCAAGAAGAUGGGAGCCUUGCUAGUCGACUGCAGCAGACACAAGUACCCAUACUUGAGAGUGAAGUCUGUGAGAAAAAUUACUAUUUUAAUCACCCCGGAGGGAUCACAGCUAGAAUGCUUUGUGCUGGUUUUGCUUCCUCUGGAGGGCAGGAUUCCUGCCAGGGUGAUUCUGGUGGCCCAUUGGUUUGCUAUAAUGAAAAAGAGCCAUUUAUUCUUUAUGGCAUCAUCAGCUGGGGUGUUGGUUGUGCCAGGCCAAAGAAACCAGGAGUUUAUACAAGGGUGAGGGUCUUCCUGGAUUGGAUCAAAUCCACAAUAAGAGAGAUUGAACCAAAUGCACUUCAGGUAAGUAAUGAUGGACAUGAAACCUUAACACAGACACCAAUGAAACGGCCUACAAAACUAACAGGAGCUGCAUACAGACAAGAAUGUCCAUCGGAAGUGGAGUUAACAGAGCCCAGAGGUUUCUUCUCAUCCCCUUGCUCAUCAGGCUACAUGGGAAGCUUGAAUUGCUCUUGGGUGCUCAGAAUGUCCCCCAGAGGCAUGGCAAAGCUCACAGUAAAGCAUCUGUCAAUACCAGCCUCACGGAACUGCCAAGUGGAGCUCCUAGGGAUAUAUGAAGAGAGCCAAAGAGGAAGAAAAGUAGUAGCUGAACUAUGUGGUGUCUUGCAGUCACCUAGGACCUUUCUGAGUCCUGGCCCUGUGGUGAAAGUGGUGUUCCAUUCUCUUACCCUUGCAGCCUUUGGCAUUGAGUACAUGGUCUUCAGAGUCCAAGGGCCAAAGAUUGGAAAGACAGUGAAACGUCCCAAGGAUGUGAACCAAGAAUUGUCACGCUGCAGGGAUGUCAUUCUCACAGACCUGGAAGGAUUGAUCCAGUCACCAGGCUAUCCCCAUGGCUAUCCUAAUGCCACCAGCUGCCACUGGCGAAUUGUAGCCCCGUUAAAAUCCAUUAUUCGGCUUGAUUUCCUGGCCUUCUGGACUGAAGAGACUCUGUCUGGUUGCCAUGGACAACUGAUGGUGUAUGAAGGAUUUGAGCCAAGCAAGGAGUUAAUAGGUAACUUCUGUGGUGAAAUUUCACCCUCUCCUUUAAAGUCUGAUGGUCCAGUGGUGACGCUGACCUUCACGUCCAGUGCUGAAGUGGCUACAAAAGGGUUUGUUCUGACCUACUCUUUCCAUGAUCUACAACCUGGUUCUGCAUUAGGAAAGUUGAAAGCUGCUGAAAAAGGGUGUCCAGUCUUGGAUCUAAUUCCAGUUGGAUCUGCUGAGAUAACAUCUCCUAAUUACCCCAACACUUAUCCCAACAUGCUGAACUGCACGUGGACAGUUUAUUCCAUUUCAGGAAAUAGGUUGAAAGCUGUGAUCAGAGACUUGGUAACAGAGAAUGCAAGAGACUGCAUUUGGGACUCUUUGAACAUCUAUGAUGGCCCAAAUCACUCUUCAGGGCUCCUUGCUAGUUUAUGUGGCCAAAAAAAGUCUCUCAGCCUGUUAUCAAGCAGCAGCUACCUGACUCUACAUUUCAAGACGGACAGGUCUGUGGGGAACAGAGGCUUUAAAAUUCUGUUUGAAGAGGUGAAUCAGUGGCCAGCACAGAAGAGUAGGAGUGGCAUAGAACUUGAAAGCAAAUACAAAUGUGGCAUUCCAGUGGUGGAUCCAUUCCCAGUGGACAAGUCUGAGAUGAAUGUGAAAGCAGUCAGUGAAGAGCCAGGCAAGCCAAGGAUGGUUGGGGGCAGCCCAGCACUUCAAAUGUCCUGGCCCUGGCUGGUCAGUCUACAAUACGAGAAUGAGCACUUCUGCGGAGGCUCUCUGAUUGCUGAGAAGUGGGUCCUAACAGCUGGACACUGUAACUUCAGUGCUCAGACAGACAGGAUAGUUCUGGGGAAAACGUAUUUGUUGCCAAACAUAAAAGGCAACAACCCUGUCCUUGUGAAAGCUGUGCACACGCACUAUAACUUCAGUGGAUUUCCUUCCAGCAAUGACCUCUCUCUCUUGGAACUGGAGAAACCCAUCAAACUCGGAGACUCUAUAGCAAUAAUUUGCUUACCAGAUAGGGAUGAGGAAAUAAGCAUUGAUGCAAGAUGCUUAACAGCAGGAUGGGGAGCAACAGAACCGGGCAAGGAUGAAUACUCCAUCAGGCUGCAGCAGACAAAUAUACCUCUCCUCUCCAACGAGGCCUGUGUGAGCUACUGGGGACAGGAUAUUAAAAAUACCAACAUUUGUGGUGGAGCUGCUGGAGCAACUGCUUGCUCGGGAGAUUCUGGAGGGCCACUGAUAUGCAUAAUAAAUGGUUAUUAUAAGCUGAUCGGCGUUGUGAGCUGGGGCAGUGAUAAUUGCCAUCCAAAGUCACCAACGGUUUAUACCAGAAUUUCUGCCUACAGGGAUUGGAUUUCCUCAGUCACUAAUGGAAAAGUGUGAUUGCUGAACUGAACUCUUAUGUAUUCCUUUUUAAAUGGGGAGGAAUGUGUGAAAUAUGCCUGGUAAAAAUACCCAAUAAAUAUGGCAGCAUCUGUCACAUACCCUGAUUUUCUUUAAACAUCUAAAGUGACUCUGCUAUCUCAGCUGUCUUCUUCUAAUGGUAAAUCUAACACUCUGGCAACUCUAGCAUGAAAAAUCCAUCUCCCAAAAGGUGUAUGUACAUGAAUACACAUCUCUCCUUAUAUGGUUAGCGUUGCCAUUAUUAGGGCCAAAUUCUC